CCACAGGUGAUGGCUGAGUCGGGGGAGGAGGCGGGAGCCCGUUGUCCGGAGGGCCUGUGGCCUCUUCCCCAACAGGUGUCACCAAGAGUGACCUACACACGGAUGAGCCCACGGCAGGAAGAGGCAAUGUCCUUAGUCCCCUCCGUGAGCCAAAGGCCUCCGUCCUUUGGCCACACAGUGCUGUGUCGGGAAGGCCGUCGAGUAGCUAGCUGGCUGUGUGGGCAGAAGGCUUCGAGGAACUCUGGGGAUAGUAGGGAAAAAACAACUCAUUUCCCAGCUCUGCUGUGUGAUUGUGUGGAGUCUCCCGACUUCUCUGGGCCCCGGUUUUCCGUAGUACCCCUCCCUACUCACGAGGGGCGAGUGCAGAGUGUGUGACAGCACUUCGGAAAGUACAAAGCUGUACUGUGUAAGGAGUGUGCCUCAGGUUACUAGGCUCCAAACUGGUGAGGAUGUCAGCUUCCUCUACCACCCCUGUGCCCACCCCUGGCUGAAGCUCCAGCUUUCCCUCCUGGCCUACGUUUAUAUGGCCCAGCCCUCACUCGCUCCUGACUCUAGCCUCACUCAGGAUCGGCCCCUGGUAUUGGAAGCAUGGGGGGUGGUACUGGAGAUGGCAUGGGUGGAGCCAGCCUGGGUUGCCUACUGGCUGAAGAGAAGGCGGCGGAAGAAGCACAGGAAGAAGGCCCGGGCUUUGGCCUUUACCCUGCGGAGCUGGCAGCCCCUGGGCACAGAGGUGGCAUCUAGAGGGCCCAAGCAGCACUCUCCUAGUGGUGCCAGGAGGCGUGGGCUGCGGGCUGCCCUUGGUCACCAGCCCACUCAAUCAGCCCUGAGGCCCCCCUCUGCUUCCCCAUGUAGCUUGGAGACCAGGCAGCCCAUGCUGGGAACCUCAGGUGAGGGAGGUAAUGCCCCAUUUGUGCCCACUGCCCCCCUACUGCCUGGAGGGCCUGGAGGCAGUGCCAGUUCCAGGUUACAGGCUCAGGUGCCCGAAGGGCAAAGCAGCCCAGGUGGCUGUGCCUGUCCAAGCCAGGCUUCCCCGGCCCCUCGAGCAGCAGCGCCUCCUCGGGCAGCCCGAGGCCCCACCCCACGCACGGAGGAGGCUGCCUGGGCGGCCAUGGCCCUGACCUUCCUGUUGGUGCUGCUCACCCUGGCCACACUCUGCACUCGGCUGCACAGAAACUUCCGACGUGGGGAGAGCAUCUACUGGGGCCCCAUAAUGGACAGCCAGGACACAGUGGCUGCUGUGCUGAAGAGGAGGCUGCUGAUGCUCCCACGUAGGGUCAAGCGCUCACGCCGGAGACCCCUCCUACCACCCACUCCAGACAGCGGCACGGAUGGGGACAGCUCCGACUGACCUGCCCCAGCCCUGCCACUGUGGCAGGUUCUGCUCCUCCUACCCAGGAGAGGCUGCGACCUCUGCCACGUGGACCGCGCACAGGGCUGCCCCCUGGUGGCCUGAUGGGGGCAGUCCUGCCAAAGCAUCUGCAGAGGUUGGCCCUCAAUGUGUUUGAGGGCAGGGGUAACCAAGGGGAGAAAAAGGAGCUAUUUAGCUUCCCUUGCCAAAACUGUAUUUUUAAUUAAAUUAUUUUAGUAGAA